AUGAAGUUGAGUGUUGGAAUAUUUUUUGGAGGCUUCUUUGGAGCUCUUGGGAUUUUGUUUUUUCUGGUUGCUUUUGGGACAGACUAUUGGCUUCUGGCUACAGAAGUUGGGAAGUGUUCUGAAGAUGUGAAUCGCACUAGGAUGAUUAUGUUCCACCAUGAGGGUUUCUUCUGGAGAUGCUGGUUUGAUGGGAAGAUUGAUGAGAAUCCUAGCAGUAUGUUGAAGUUUUGGUACACGAACCAGUCACCUUCUAAAAACUGCACCCAUGCUUAUCUCUCUCCAUUUCCUUUCUUAAGAGAUUCCCAUAACUCAACUACCUAUAAUUCUGCAAUUAGCAUCCUAUUCUCCCUAGUGGUUGUACUAUAUGUUAUCUGGGUCCAAGCAGUGGCUGAUCUCAAAAACUAUGAAGCUCAGAAGAAAAUUGACUGUUCAAGUUAUUCCAUCUAUGUACGUUAUGGCUGGUCUUUUAUACUGGCUCCAGUUGGAAUAUUUUUUGCUAUGUUUUCUGGCAUGUUGUUCCUCCUGGUAGGACGUACGAUUUAUCUGCAUUCUGAUUAG